CUGCUGAAAGCUGCAUUACAGGAAUACUUUAUUCAAGUCACGAAAUUUCAAAACCUUAUUUUGACAGUUCUUGUGAUUUUAUCUCAACAUAUUUUGUGAUCCUUGACUUUCUAAUGUCGAAAAAUUCAACCGAACGCUUAGAUCCCAAGGGGAAGAAAAAUAACUUGAAAAAAUUGCUUGAUGUUAACUCAUCGAACUCUGGCAACGGAUCAAUUAGUGAUCCCACUUUCCCAUUGCCUUCGAAUAUAAGUUCUUUACCUAUUGGUCAAAGCGAUAUUUUGUCAAAGGUGCAGGCAUUUUUGCCGCAAUUGAAAAAAGCAAACGAGGAGCUUGAACAGAAAGAUCUCUCAAAGUUAGACAUUGAAAGUGUAGAUGAAGACGGACAAUAUAUAGAAAUGAAUCUCGGAUUAGGUGUAUAUGAUAUGAAGAACUCAGAGCAGUCAGAUUCUGACGAGGAUGUUGAGGAGGAGGAGAACUCAAACGAGGAAAAACUAAAGAUACCCAACAAUAAGAACCAAAGCGGCAAGAAACCAGUAAUCGAGGAAUUGUGAACGUAGAUUAGUUUGUAAAAAGUCCUUAUUCCCAACUUAUAGAUAUGGAAAGCAUAUGAUAUA